AUAAAUAAGAGAGGAGAAAAAAGCAUAUUUCCAUUUUGUGUGUGUGUUUAUAUAUACUUUAUAAAUAAAUUGCAAAUCUCACUCCCCCAAACAAAUAUUAACUCCAUUGGCAUUGGCUUGGCAUCAAGCUAAUAUUUUGUAGUUAAAGUACUUAUAACUUGUGUGUGUUUAAUUUGCAUGGCCUGCAGUUCGAAGAUUAUUGUUGUUGCUUUUACUACUGCUGCUGCUCCACGACUCUCAUUAUUAGUUUCUCACAGUCCUCAUCUCUUUCCAUUUGCUAAUUCUGGCUUCCGGGCAAGUCAUUGGUCAGCGUACGAGAAGAACCAAGAGGACCCAAUAUGGCCCACAAUGGUACCGAACGACGUCAUCCAUCACAAUCUAUCCGAUAAUUACUGGGUCCCCCAUCCCCAAACCGGAGUUUUUGGGCCUCCAAAAGCCCACCACAAUUCUUCAACGCUUCCGAACGACACGUCGGCUGGUGGUAACGAGGGUUCGGUUCUCAACCUCAAGGCUUGGUUCCGACAUAACGGCCUCGAAGACCUCGAGAAACCACACUCUCUCUAAUUUGGACCCUCGUGGUAAUUGGGAUAUGAUAAGAAGAUAAUAAAUAAUAUUUUGUCACACAUGAAUAAGUUUGCAUACUUUAUGUCUAUUUUUAUUUUGUGAAUGUGUUAAUAUGUUGUAUGUUUGGAUUGAGGGUUGUGCUUUUAGUUAUCUCGAGUUGUAUUGUGAUGAAUUACAUCAAUUUAGUAUUAUGAAUGCUGCCAAUUUUAGUAUUAA